AUGAUGAUUAAUGGUUUAAGAGCUCUUGGUUACAGAUCCAAGAAUGUUGCAUUCAAUAAUUUUACCAAAAAAUCUGCACAAUUGACUACCAUGUUGACAUCCAAUAGUGUGAGAGGUGUGCACUCAACUUCAACAGCAAAUAUUAGUUCAAAUUCUGCUGUUUCUCAUCAAAAGAGUGGUGAGAAAGAAAUUGGUUCCCUUUCUAAUAUUUUUAAACAGAUCAAGAUUAGUUCUGAUUCGAAUAAGGAAAUUAACUUUCAUCAAACCGAGAAUCAACAUGUAAUUUUUAAACUCCCAGAGCAAGCCAAUGAAUUGUCACUUUUAUUGAAAUCUAAUCCAUCAAUCCAAAUACUUGACACCAUGGAUUUGCAAAUCAAGGAUUUGAUCAAGUUGGAAAAUCCUUCUCUUCAUCCAAUGUCAAAAGAAUUGUACGAUACUAAGAUUACUGAAAAGUUGAAUGGAAAGUCAAUGCAAGAAUAUGGAAAUUGGGUUUAUUAUCCAUGGAGAAAUUCACUUGUCCAUGUUUUGGAUAAAGAUGAUUUCGUUCGUGUGAGAACUAUUAGAAAUGUUUCCAAGAUUCUACCAGAGGAACAACAAGCACUUGAGAAAAAGACAGUUCUUGUGAUUGGUCUCAGUGUUGGACAGGCUGCUGCUAUGGUUUUGGCCAUGGAAAGAAGUUGUGGUCAUUUAGUCUUGGCAGAUUUCGAUCAUUUGGACCUUUCGAAUAUGAAUCGUCUAAGAGCUAGCGUCAUGGAUUUGGGUAUUAUGAAGGGAACUCUCAUUAAGAGAGCUAUUGCUGAAUUGGAUCCAUACCUCAAAGUUACAUUCCUUGAACAAGGUUUAAACAAGGAUAAUAUUGCCACAGUUUUGGGAAGUUCUCCUGAAACAAAAUUAAUUGAUCUUGUCAUUGAAGAAUGUGACAGCUUUGACACCAAAGUAUUGGUUAGAAAACAUUGUAGAAAAGUACAAAUUCCAGUUGUCAUGGAAACAAGUGACAGAGGUCUUUUGGAUAUUGAAAGAUUUGAUUUGGAUAAGGAUUAUCCAAUUCUUCAUGGACUCAUUCAGAAAGAAUUGUUGGAAGUUGACCAAUUUUCACCAGAACAGAAACGUGCCUUGGUUGUGCAAUUCAUUUCAAUUCCUCUGGCUUCAAAGAGGGGUGUAGAAUCAUUCUUCCAAGUUGGUAAGACACUCACUUCUUGGCCACAACUUGCUUCUGAGGUGCAAUUUGGUAGUUCAGUUGCUGGAAUGGUUACAAGAAUGAUCCUGUUGGGUGAAAAAGUUCCAUCUCAAAGACAAUACUUGGAUGUUAAGCAACAAAUUGAGAAUUACGUAAAAACUGAACCAAAAUUGUAA